AUCCGCGAACAGGACCGGUGGCUGCCCAUAGCCAACGUUGGCCGCGUGAUGCGACAGGCUCUUCCACCUCACGGAAAGCUCUCGAAAGAAGCAAAACAGUGCAUGCAGGAGUGUGUGUCUGAAUUUAUCUCCUUCAUCACCUCCCAGGCAGCUGAAAAAUGUUCGUUGGAGAAGAGGAAAACGCUCAAUGGUGAGGACAUACUGUUUUCAAUGUACUCUCUUGGGUUUGAGAACUACGCGGAAACACUGAAAAUAUAUCUUGCCAAGUACCGCCAGUACGAGCUUUUGGAGAGCGAAGCCCGAAGAGAGAAG